ACGGAGCUCGGUGGUGGUGCAGAAGUUGAUCUUCUGCAUGCAGGAAAGAAGGAUAACUGAGGGGAAGGAACCAAAGUGAAGUAGAUUUAAAAAGCAUGCUCGUGAGGAGCGGUCUGGAGCACGUCACCGUGCCGCUGUGAACGCGCUCAGGGACGCCGGGAGAAAUGCUGGACGGCUCGGUCCCGCUGCUGCAACCGGUCUGGGACGGGAUACGCGAGAGAGCCGGGGCGCGCACGGCGCCGCUGUGGGGCACGUGCGCGGCCCUCGCGGUUCACGUGCUGCUCUCGGCACUCUUCCUCGGGCUCGACGUGCUCGGCCCGCGCGUGCCGUGGAUCAGCCGGUACCGGAUGCACGGCAGACCCGUGAUCCUGCGCGCCUGGUUCCGCUGCCUGUGGCGGAUCUCGUGGAAGUACGUGCUGUGCGUCCUGCCGGCGAGCGCGUGCAUCUGGUGCGCGCGGGUGCGCUUUGGCCUCACGGGGCACGAGCGCGUGGACGCUGCGCCGUCGUUGGUCAUCGCGUGCGCCGAGUGCUUCUCGUGCCUGCUCGUGUUCGACACGCUUUUCUUCGUGACGCAUUACACGGUGCACAGAAACUCCUGGUUCUUUAAGAUCUUCCAUCAGUCUCAUCACAUGAACAAGUACACUUUUGCACUCGCGGCUCAGGACUCCGGCAUCGCGGAGCUCGUCUCUCAGCAGGUCUUGGCCAUGUGUAGCAAUUUGGUGGGCUGCCACCCAAUCAGCGAGAUCCUCUUCUACCUGAUGAACAUCUGGCUGGCAGUGGAGGACCACUGCGGUUACAACUUCCCCUGGGGUCUACACAGGAUCCUGCCCUUUUUUGGAGGAGCUCCUUUCCACCAGGCCCAUCAUCAGCACUUUACAGGGAACUACGCCCCGUAUUUCACACACUGGGAUCUCAUAUUUGGGACGGCAAUAAACACGUGAACGGACUGUUUUGGGUUUGUACUGGAGAACUCUUAAUAAUAACUCAAUAAUCAUAUCUGUGUCCAGGUCACAUUGUUUGGUCACUGACUGUAUGGAAACUGAUGUGAGCUCGUCGUACCUACAGCAGUAACAUCAUGCUGUUUGCCUGAAGAACAGAUCAGUAAAAAUCCUACGCUGUGGAAUAUAAUCUGCUUUUGAUAUUUAUGCUGAUGUAUAAAUUAAAGCACCGUAUUAUCAGACUGCACAUCUGGAUGGAUCUGAAAACAAUAUUUUGGUUUCGAAACGCUUUCUGUCUACACUGGAGUUAAAAAUAAAUGCUCUUCCUCACAUAACAUCACACCAAAAUAUAAAGAUGACUUUGGUUAAAAACACUUCUUCAGUCUUCACAUCUUCAGUCCACAUUACAUUGAAAUGAUGGUUUUCAAAUGGAUCCAUUUGGGAGAGUGUAUUUUAUUUUCAGACCAAAACGCAGAGAAAAUGUUGCGAUUUUGGAUGAAACCUCGAAGCUUCUUGUUUUUUUCCCACAUUUCACUUCAUCCUAUCAUUCAUUCUAACGCCACCUAGUGUUUCUACAUGAUUUCUCAAAAAAAUAUAUUCACCUGCAUGUUUUACAGAAAAGGCUUUUAUGUAUAUAUUAUUUGUAUACACGCGAUCGAGCCUCAUUUUAACACCAGGAUCAUGUUCAUAAUCUGAACAAUGUUCAUGUCUUUGCAAUAAAAACAGUUCACAAUCCA